AUGUCAAAAGCUUCCACUUCCUACAAGAAGCAGGACGGCAAGCUUCUGGUAGCUCAAAAUGGCAGGACAGUGACCUGGAAACCGAAUGCCCCGUCAAUGCCAUCGUUGACGAUAGCUAUUUCUGAGAUUGCCAAUCUUCAACAGACACCUGAGAAGAGCGCCAAGGUCUCUAUCAAGAUUGUCGUCCAGCGCUUCCCAGACGUCCCCGCAGAGAACCACACCUUCAGCUUCACAUCGCCAACAUCUGCUCGGGCGGAGCAAGCAGCAACAACCGCCCUCCUCCGAAAGCACAUCGAAGCUGCAAGGGCCUCAGGCGCGAACACUCCAGCACUGGCAGCAGAAGAUGCGCCCAGACAGCCAGCAGCCCUGGCCAUCGCCCAAGCAGUUUCCGCAGGCGCACGAGCUGAAGACAAUAUGUACGAAGACAGUCGGCUGAUGUCAGAUACCGAGCUCCAGAAGGGACUGCUGAAUGCAAAUCCAGAGCUCUUCCAAAGAUUCAAUCAAGCUUUGAGAGAAAAGCCGGACACGAUCUCAAUAAUCCAGUUCUCUACACAGUUCUGGGCGGCAAGAGUACACCUGCUACGUGCAUAUGCCGUAGAGAAGAGUCAAAAUCAAGGAACGUACAACGUGCUGUCAGAGAUCAAGCCGGUGAAUGUCGACGGUGCUAUGAGGCUCAACAUCAGUAAGGAACAAAUCCAGCUUAUCUUCAAACAGCAUCCUAUGGUGAGGAAGGUGUACAACGAAAACGUGCCCAAGUUGAACGAGGGCGACUUCUGGAGUCGGUUCUUCGGUAGCCGACUGUUCAAGAAGUUGAAAGGCGAGAAGAUUACUGAAAAUGACACCGUUGAUCCCAAGCUCGAUCAGUAUUUGACCUUCAACGAAGACGCCGACCGCACUGAACAAUUUGUCAUGGCUCACGUACCCCAUAUCAUUGAUUUGGAAGGAAAUGAGCAGAACCACAGCCAGAGGCUGGGCAACCGGCCGGAUUGGACGAUGCAACCUAGCACAAACGAAAAGGUGCCCAUCUUACGCGUGCUCAACACCAUGAGUGAAAAGAUGUUAGCCGAUGUAAACCCCACAGAUGCUGCUGAUCCGCACGCACCGGCAGGUAUGGACGAGGAAACGUAUAAGGAAUUAAAGCUACGAGAUCUUCAGCGUGGGGCUGAUGACAAUCGAAUCAUGCUCAACAUCAGCAACCAGGAACAAUUCUUCACGGGCAGUCAUGGCACGCAAAACUCCAGCAGUGCCACUUACGCGAAACGAAGUCCCGGCAAAGUUCUUUCCGCAGUACGAGAAGACUUUCGGAACAUCUCGGACAGCAUGUCAAGUGGCGGAGGCCUGAAUCUCGAAACAGCUAUUGGUACCCAAGAGGAUACUGAUAGCGAGGAUGAUGAAGAAGGCGUAGAAAAGAAGGCUCGCGUAGGCAACAAACAGAGUCGAGGGGCAGCCACACUGCAGAUCAUGCAGGCGAUCAAUCAGCGCCACUUGCACCUGGAUGAUCAGCUUCUCUCGAACACAUCCACAGCGGAACAAGCUGCAAAGGUUGGGCUGACAUCGAGCGUGCUUGACACACUGACUAUGACACACAACACCACCGUGGAGUUCCUGCAUUACUUCUGGACGGUAUUUUUAUCUGGCGAUGCAGACCGGGCUGUUGAAGCCGAGAGGUUGGUGGAAACACUGGCCAAGUCGCUCGAAAGAAUCAAAGCAGUGGCUGACACCGCGGAGAAAGAACGAGCGCACAAGUUAGGGGAGCAGAAGAAGCGAAUCGAAGAACACCUCCAAAAGACAGGCAAGCGGAGGAAGUUCGACCCCAAUUCGAUCAAGGGCGGCUCCAAGGCAGUCAACGAGAUGAUGGGACCCAUCACGAGGGCGAUCGGGUCGGCGCUGGAGCAGUAUAAGCGGGCGUAUGAGGAACAGAGGGCACAGAUGUCCCAGCUCCAGACGAUGCUAUAG